AAUAAAUAAAUUUCGUGAGUAGCCGAACCAAAGAUGGCCCCUAAUAUCCAUAGACAAACCAAGGUCUUUGUUCCUUGUUGCACCCAUGCGCAUAAUUUUCUGUGAUGGAAACAAAUAAAACAAUCGGAUUUAACCUAUUUUUAUUUUGUAUAAGAACUAUUUUAUUCAACUUUAGGGAAGGUUUAUGAUAAGCAUGAAAAAAAAAGUUAACAUUACAAGACAAGUUUUCAAACAUCAGCGAGUUAUAUUAGCAAGUGUAUUUUCUUUUAUUUUUGGCUCAUUAGUAACUGUUAACUUUGCUCAAAUAAAUAAAACAUGCAAAUUAGAUGAUACCGAUCGAGAAUACAAUAUAAUGAAAAACUCAAAAUUGAAGAGUGAUGAACUGGUUGUGUUAAUUUUCUCAGCUCCUGAUAAUUUAUCAAAACGUAAUGCAAUUCGGUCGACUUGGCUUCAAUUUCAACAACUUGAAGUUUCGCUAUAUACUUUCACUCAUUAUUUUGUGAUAGGGAAGCCUUCCAGAAGUGCUAAAAAAUACGAUCAUAUCGUUGAAGAACAAUCCUUUUACAAAGACAUAUUGUUGCUCCCGAUGUAUGAUGGUUACAAUAAUCUUACUGAAAAGGUGUUAAGAAGUUUUGUUUGGCUGAAAGAACAAAGAGACUUUGGUUUUAAUUUUAAAUACGUUUUAAAAUGUGAUGAUGAUUCAUUUGUAAGAGUUUAUGAUAUAUUACAUGAAAUAUCGGGAAUUGAAAACUUCUAUUUGAAUCCACAUGUUAAAUUUAGAGACCCAAAUAAUGAUAGUUUUUCUCGGUUUUUAAGUGCCAAUUUACAGAUUAACAAAAAUGUCAAAAUUAAGAAAGAUAUGAAUUUGUAUUGGGGAUAUUUCACUGGGAAUACUAAAUUAAAGAAAUCUGGGAAAUGGAAGGAGGAAGAAUGGAUGCUUUGUGACUAUUAUUUACCUUAUGCAUUAGGUGGAGGAUAUGUGCUCUCAGCAGAUCUUGUACUGUAUAUAGCAAAUAAUGCAGAUACUCUCAGGCAGUACAAUUCAGAAGAUGUAAGCGUUGGGACUUGGUUAGCACCUGUUACAAAUACAGUACGUAUUCAUGAUGUCAGAUUUGAUACAGAAUGGAUUUCACGAGGUUGUCAAAACUAUUAUUUGUUAAUUCAUCAUGUGUCUGAAAAACAGAUGCACGAGUUCUAUUACAAUAUGUUAACUACAGGCCAUUUAUGUACAAAUGAAAGUCUGAUUAGGAUACCAUACCUAUAUGAUUGGAAAAAGCCAAAUAGUGAAUGUUGUAUGAAGACUGAAAAGAAAGGCAGCUUACUAGAUAACAUAAAAUCCUUCUUUCCAGUACCUAACUAAACGAGUACUUUAUUAGAUACAUACCUGCAUAUCUAUAAGUUGUUAUUUAUUGACUAAUUAUUAUAAUAUAUAAAAUGUGUAUAA